AUGCACUGUAUGCUGAGACAUAAUAAGUUGCUAACGCGAUUUGAGACGGAUUGCUCUGAUGUGGUGAAGAUGGUGUCUACGCCAGAGGAGUGGCCAGCGUUCGCAAUACUUCUUGACGAGGUCGACCGAUGUAAACGGAGUUUUACCUCUUUCUCCAUUGCGCACAUACCUAGGACGAAAAACACGAAGGCAGACAAGUUAGCACGAAGUGCUCGAGCUCUACCUACUGAUGUGUACUAUGUAAACUCUGUUUCGCCCACUUGGAUUCCCGAGCUGGUUUAG